UACCACGAUCCGGAAUCGCGUCGUGGAAGCCAGUCGUUGCUCGAUCGUCCGCGACGCUCGGAUAGAUAAAAAAAGGAUUGAAAGAGAUCGCGACGACGGGGCGGGCCCGCGGUUCGCGCGCAGUUUCGAAGCCGUACCCCCCGCGAAAUAACGUGCGCGAUCUCGCGCAGAUCUCGCCGUUGGAUCGCCUCUGCGCACCCGCAUUCCUCUCGGAACCGCGUGGAUCUUCACGGAAUUUCAAUCACGUCACUGAAAACUCGUCCCUUCUUCCUAUCGUCCGUGCCAACUGGUACGAGUUACUGCUGCUCCUGUUUCUGUCAAAGGGCACGGUUGACACAUCCAGAGCACAAAUCAAUUGACGCAAAAUGACGGGUACUUUCACACGGAGGUCGACUUAACGCCGUUCCAGGAUGUACGCCGAGUGGCAAAAGGGUGAGCUGGUGUGGUUCGACCCCGGCGUCGGCCACGUGUUGCCAGGCGAAGUACUGGAAUACCACAGAGCCGCCAAUGUACUUUCGGUCCAAGCAGUGAUCGCCGGCAAGCCGCAAGUCUUCACUCUCACCAACCUGAGCGGAGUGAGGCCCAGGCAGGACUUAGGUCAAAAUGGCGUGGAGGACAUGAUUCAGUUGACGGAUCUGAACGAGGCGUCGUUAUUAUGGAACUUGAAGAUCCGUUACGACAAGGAACUAAUUUAUACGUACACAGGAAGUAUCCUCGUGGCGGUGAAUCCAUAUAAAAUGUUCGACAUUUACGGACUGGAUCAAGUGAAGCUUUAUGAGGGACGGAUCCUUGGUACACUCCCACCGCAUUUAUUCGCCGUGGGUUCCUCCGCGUACAGUCAGGUGACUGCAGCCAAUAACUCCAGUGCCAAUCAGGUUGUCGUCAUUUCCGGCGAGUCCGGCUCGGGAAAGACGGAGUCCACGAAGUUGGUGAUGCAAUAUCUCGCGGCCGUCAAUCGCGCGCCGAACAAUCUCGUAACCGAGCAAAUCCUAGAAGCGACGCCGCUCCUGGAGAGCUUCGGAAAUGCGAAAACGCCGCGUAACGACAACAGCAGUCGAUUCGGGAAGUACUUGGAAGUUCACUUCAGAGACGGCGCGAUCGUAGGCGGUAGAAUAACGCAGUAUCUUCUAGAAAAGAGUAGAAUAGUAACUCAGGCUUCGGAGGAGAGAAACUACCACGUGUUCUAUGAACUUCUAGCUGGUCUCGAUCAGCAACUCAGGGAUAAAUACGGUCUGCUUACACCGGACAAAUAUUUUUAUUUAAAUCAGGGUGGAAACUGCCAGAUCGAUGGCAAGAGCGAUGUGCAGGAUUUCAAGGCGCUCUUGUCGGCCAUGCAGGUUCUCGGCUUCUCGGUUCUCGGCUUCUCGUCCGAAGAGCAGGACACGAUCUUCAAGAUUCUAGCCAGCGUGUUGCAUUUGGGGAACGUAUACUUUCACCGGAAGCAAAUGAGGCACGGCCAGGAAGGUGUGGAAGUCGGUUCCGACGCUGAAAUACGCUGGGCGGCGCACCUUCUUCAAGUGAAUUCCGAUGGCAUCAUCCGAGCACUUACUACCAAGACGACAGAAGCAAGGAACGAGAGAGUUUUCACGGCUUUGAAUAUCGAUCAAGCCCUGGAUGCCAGGGACGCUUUCGCAAAAGCUCUGUACAGUUCGCUCUUCUCGUGGCUAGUUGCGCGCGUCAACCACAUCGUCUACAAGGGCACGAAGCAGACAGCUGCCAUUCAGACAGCUGCCAUUUCGAUCCUUGACAUCUUUGGCUUCGAGACUUUCACGGAGAACAGUUUUGAACAAUUAUGUAUCAACUAUGCGAACGAGAACCUGCAGUUCUAUUUUAACAAGCACAUCUUCAAGCUCGAGCAACAGGAAUAUGCGAAGGAGAAGAUUGACUGGACUACCAUCAAUUACACGGAUAACUUGCCGGUCAUCCAUCUGAUCGCGAAAAAGCCAGUCGGAAUUCUUCACUUGCUGGACGACGAGAGCAAUUUCCCCAAAGCGACGGAUCUUUCUUUCUUGGAGAAAUGCCAUUACAAUCACGCGCUAAGUGAGCUGUAUUCCAGACCCAGGAUGAGCUCCGCCGAGUUCGCGAUCAGGCAUUAUGCCGGACAAGUUUGGUACAAUGUGGAAGGCUUUUUAGAUAAAAACAGGGAUACCUUGAGACCAGAUGUCGUCGAGUUGUUGAUCAGCAGCAAGAUCUCGAUGGUUAGCAAGAUGUUCCAGCAUGUCAGAACCACGCAUGAAGCUAACAAAACUAUGAACAAGCCGAAUGGCAGAUUUGUCACUAUGAAACCGAGAACCCCGACUGUUUCGGCUCGAUUUCACGACAGCCUCCAGCAGCUCUUAGAAUCUAUGUCUCAAUGUAAUCCGUGGUUUGUCCGUUGCAUCAAGCCGAACACCGAGAAAGCACCGAUGAAAUUCGACAUGCCCUGCGUGCUGGAACAAUUAAGAUACACGGGCAUGUUGGAGACGAUUCGCAUCAGAAAAACCGGCUAUCCGGUUCGCCUUUUGUUCGGACACUUUGUGGAUCGGUAUCGUUACCUUGUCUCAACGCAUUUGCCUAGAGGUGCGCCCAACAAGGAGCUCUGCAGAAUAAUUUUGGACAAAGCGGCUCCGAAAGAAGCACAGUCGCAGUAUCAACUCGGACUCACGCGAGUGUUCUUACGCGAAUCGUUGGAGAGAGCUCUGGAGUAUAACAGAGCAUUGAUUCUAGAGAGAGCGGCCAUUACAGUCCAAAGAUACACAAGAGGCUUCUUGGCACGCAGAAGAUUCCUCAAUAUUUCCCGAAGCACAGUUUUGAUACAGGCGGUGUAUCGCGGUUACCGUGAACGUAAGCAGUUCCGCGCGAUGAAAAAGGGUGUCCUGAUGGCGCAAAAGUUAUACAGAGGUAGAAAGCAACGAGAGAUAUUCAAGGUAUUGAAGGAUGAGAUGGUGAAGAGAGCGGAAAUCGAGAGAGCCAGCAAGGAGCGGGCGAAGGCGAAGCAACAACGAGAGGAGCAGGAGAGGACAUCGCGAGCUGUCGCUGGUGUAAACCACUUGGAGAUUCCCGCAGAACUAGCCUUUAUCUACAGCAAACUCGAUGAUUGGCAGCCCACACACACCGAGCGAAAUCUCCUCAAGGUGGUCGGCCAAGUCAUCCCGAUGAACUAUACGUACAAUCUGCCGCCCGACAUCGAUCAGUAUCAGUUCUCGAAGUUCACCAACAUUUAUUUCAAGAGUCACAUCUUCGGGAUGAAACGCGAGCCGAUCAAGACGCCAUUCCUAGCGAAGGCUCGCGAUCAGGAUUACACUGAUUCCCUGAUGAUUUUUAAGAUGAUAUUGCGCUUCAUGAAUGAGAGUAAUCUUAAUGGCAAACGCGAACAGGCGUUGGGCGAUUACAUCGUUAACAAGGGUAUCGUGAACGAGAAACUGAGGGACGAGAUACUGUGCCAGUUGGCUAAUCAAACUUGGAAGAAUGAAAACGACGCUAACAAGGAAAGAGGAUGGCUGCUGCUAUCCAAUUGCUUGUCGGCGUUCCAGCCCAGUGCCACGCUCUUCAAGUAUUUUCUGAAAUACGUCUCCGAUCAUGCCUACGACGGCUAUAAGGCUUACUGUCAACGCAAAUUGUUACAAGGCGAGAGGACGGUAUACCGUAUGAUGAAUAAUAAUCAGCAAACGGUGCAUCAGGUGCCCAGGAAUUAUCCGCCGUGCGUCCUAGAAUGGCGAGCCAACAGAAAUCGCGUAAAUAUGGCGCUCAACGUUGGCUUCUACGACGGCGAAACAACUACAUGCGCAAUAGAUUCCUGGACGACGUGCGAAGAGUUGGCUAAUCUCGCGGUUCGGAAUCACGGGGUAGAAAACUCCGGCUGGACUAUCACACUUUGGAAUCAAUUGGACGGCCCGGAUGCUAUCGUGACGGAGACCAACGGUUUCGACUACGUCCUAGAUUUGAUCUCGGAGAUGGAAUUGGCGCCAGCUUUCCCCGCUGCUAAGCAUAUGUUUUUGGAACAACGCAAGAACAGUUUGCCGCCUAUAAAAAAACGAGAGCAUGCUCAAGUUAUUCGGGAGUUGGAACAAGAGAUGGAAAUCCCUAUCCUAAAAACUUUCCAGCCUCUGGAAAGAAAACCAGUGCCAAAAGUAGUUGACAAGUCCGUUGAGCUGGAUAUUCAGGUACCGAGACGGCCAAUAGUUCCUCCGCCGCAGCCACCCGUUACGAAACCACCCAUGCGAAAGCAAUCGCACGAGGUCAUUCUGGAGACGACAGAAAUGGGAUUAUCAAGAAAAUCUGCCUUGAACGACCGCUAUUUCGAGAAGGAGAAGCAGCGUAGCCGAAGUUUGGACAACCUGCUUCAGUCGGAAGUCAUGCCUUCGCCAGUAAAACUCGCCAAUCUCGGGCUUUCUUCAUCUAAGUUGAAUGAACGGUAUCACAGUCUGGAAAGAAUUGGUGAGACUCCGGCGGUCAGUAACGUUGAGUACAUGACGCGUACCGAGCUCCCGCAAGAGAGGAAGUACAGCAGGGUCACAAGGACGACGGAGCCCAACAUUGAGGAGGAGGAUCUCACGAUUGACUUUGAAUACCCGGAUAUUCAGUCCGUUAGUCAAACCGGAAGAUCGGAAGAUGAUAAGAGCUACAUAAGGUCGCAGACCAGGUUCAUCAAGUCGCAAUAUCCUGGCAAGCGCGCGCUGCCGGGAAGCCAGUCUAGUCGCGCCUACAUCGAGAAGAGCGAAUACGGAGUAAAAUCGUCCGCCAUGUCCGACACCAGCGAGGCGCCUUCUUUGGCGUCGCAUGUGCGACGCGUAAGGGUGCCCAGCCAAGCUUCCGACGUGGACCAGUUCCUGGAUGAGCUUUUUAUGCCUGUGUUGGACGGCAAUCUCGACGAACUGUCGGAUGCACGCAGUUUGGCUGCUUCGAUAAAAGGUUCACACGAUACCAGGCCAUCCGACGACCAAUCAGUUCUCGAAAAUCUACGAAAAAUUAAUACACAAGCUACUAAAAAUGCAACGGUAGAUGACUUCAUUGAGGGGAUGCUGGCAGAUAGUAAAACAAUAAACAUCAGCGCGGGCGAACUGUCUAAAAGAAUUAUGGGAGGCGGCAAUAUGGACAUUCCUAAUCAAAAUGCGGCCUUCAAUUUCAGUCCCAUUGCACAAAGUAUGAUGUCACCGCCCAUGAUGAUGCCCAUGUUCAACCAUAAUCAGCAGGUUCCGUCCGGCCAGAAUUCCAGCAUGAGCAUGGGCGCGAGUUUUAUGCCCAUUCCGAUCUACAGCAUGCAGGGACUAAGCUUACCUCAAUAUCCCAAUUCGCCACCCGGUCAGAGCAAUGACGUGAUGGCGUAUCAACAGAAUCUCCAGCGAGCCUUCCUGCAGAGCGCAAUGGCGCAGAACAUUCAAAUACAGCAGCAGUUGCUGGCACAGAAUCAGGCUCUGCAGCAAUUGUUGGUCCAGAGUCCACAAAAUUCGACACAGCAACCGAGCAUGGUGUUACCCGCUGGCCCCUCAAGCAUGAAUCUUGUUCCCCCAGCCCCCCCAAUCGGUGCCCAUAUGGGGCCCAAUGAUUCUAUCGGACGUUACUCCAAGGUCUCAUUUAGAGAACCUGACGACGGUGAAUUAUGGUCAACUGAGAAACGAGGAACCUCCUUGUUAACUUCCACUCCAACAAAUCAGAGGCAAGAGACGAUGACGAUAAAAGCCCAAAUUCAUCGAUCCCAGAGUCCGUCCAGAAAGAAUGCUGAGACCAACAGAAAGACGAGUAUCGAUUACACGCGAAAGAUAAGCACGGAUCGAAAGAUGGUGGACAGAAAAGCGUCGUCGUCACAGGCGGACAUGAAGAGAACCAAUUUAAAUAAAAAUAACGUACAAAACAACUUUACUAAUGUACUUAGCGAAUUGAAGAAUAGGAAAAGCAGCGUAGACAGCAAUCUUUCAAUGAACAAUAGCAAAGGCGUUCCACCACCCCCGCCGAUGCCUCCGCCAUUGGAGUCUCACGAUCCUUCCGAAUCUAGACCGUUCAUCGAUCCGUACGGCAGAGCGAAGACAGUACGCAUUGGAAAAUGGAGGUGGCCACCGCCUAGCGACUCAAACGAGAAUCAAGGACAAGACAGUUUCAUAGAAUUCAAAAUGCGUCAGCAGCAACAGCAACGCAAGUUAACGCCACAGUAUCAAGAAUACGACCAAGGCGAAGGCGAGGCUACGACUGAAGGCGGCGUCGAGUGGGAAGAGUUCGAGAUUGAGAACAUCGUCAGCAAUGAAGAUCGAUCUAUAAAUGCGCAUCCGUCAACGACCGCGGCAAAACACGAGAAUGGAUACAAAGAAGAAGGGGAGAAGAAGAAGAAGAAAUCAAAAUCGGCUUUAGAAGUAGGCGCUCAGAGGCCAUCACCUGGAAGCAUAGGGAAGUUGAAGCUUAGCUCGGAGAUGAGACAGAGAUUGGAGAAGGUAACGGCGAAUCAUAGCGUGAGAUCCACGAAAACGGCGGAGAAACCCGCUCUCCCGCGAGAAGAUGGAAAGGUUAAACGUUUAGAAGAUAACAGGAAGCUUCUGUUGGAACAGCAACUGGGUGGCAGGUGGGACGAUUAUGCUUCCACCAUUGAUGACACUCAAAGCGUUACUUCUAAAGGCACAACCGACAUGAUGACGCAAGCUCAGGUGGUGAGGACACAGAUCGAGAGAAUGGAACGGCCUGUACCACCCCCACCGCCCAUUACGCCGCCGCAGCCACCGAGUCCAAGAGGCGGCAGUGUAUACAGCAACAGCCAAUCGGGCGUACCUCAACCGCGAUCUCCACCAGCGCCAAUCGAGCCGAAAACACGCGACUCUUUUCGCACGUCUCCGGAUUCUGAAGCCUACGAUCACUUUCCGAAGAAUCAGAUGUUCAGCCAAAGUCGCGAUAUCUUUGCCUCGCAGCAACAUUUGCGCGACGGUCACGAUUACCGAAACGACUUCGACAAGGCACGCGCUCAGGACAUCAAGUCCAAGGACUUCUACGGCAAGGAUAGCACUGAUCUGGCAAGUUCGGCGCGUGAUCGCAGCUCCGACUUCGACUCGCGCCGCGAUCUCAGUUCCGAGCUCUUUGACUCCAAGUACGCGUUCGAUGGAUCGACCGGGAAGCGCGAUCCAUUUGGCAUGACCCGGGACGUAUCUCCCAAAUCCCGCGAUAGCUUUGGGAUGCCGUCGCCGCGUGACUUCGGUGUGAUCCCGAACACGAGAGAAUCUUUCACUGUCGCACGGCAGAGCUUCAACAAGCUGGAUCGGGACGUGGACAGGCGAUCGAGCGUAGCUUCGACCCACCGCACCGACAAGAUGGAGAGGAUCGAGAUUGAGGAGUGGCCAGAGUUUCUCAAGCCAGUGUUACCGCCAGCAGACAAGCCGGAAAUCGAGAAGGCUCAGGAGAUGAUGAAUACCAAGCUUUAUCCGCAAACCUCCAACGCGCAUUUCACGUACAACAGAGUCACGUGGACUCUAAGGGUUAAGAAAGAGGUCUUUGCGCCUAACGAGACGUUGAACAGUCCUCUGGCAUUGCACCUGGUGUUCUGCCAGGUCGCAUACGACGUACUGGCAACUUCUAGCAUAAGAAUCACCAAGGAAGACCGACAAAACAUGUUGAAGAUGCUGGACAACUAUGGCGUCACUCUGGAUAAUCUUCAGAGCACGCAACACAAGAUAACAAUUAAAAAGAACAUCGUGGAUAUGGCGAAGCAAUGGCCCUUGUACUUUGCCCGAAUAUUUCCAGUAUCAAUCGGUCCUCAACACCCGGAGACGCAGCACGUGGCGGUGUCGCAUCACGGACUUCGGUUUAUCAAGCGCACGCUGAACGGUGAUCUGAUCAUUCUGGAGACUCUGCCGCUGGAAGACAUCGUCUCCGUGAACUCUGCCAGAUCGGGUGUCUGCGUGCUGCAGGUCGCGUCGGGAGUUAGACUACCCCUACACACGAAUCGCGCCCCGCAGUUAACGGAGAUGAUCGGCAGAUACAUCAGGCUGAUCGAUCAUAAACCACACCAGAGGAUCAAUCAUCAUGAGAAUCACGUGUCCCAAAUCACAAAGACGAUUCAGUCGCAGGCGAAUCAUGCGAAUCACAUUCAACCCCACAACCAUUCCAAUCACGUAAUAUCCGAACACGAGAAUCACGUGCCGAUCGGGCGCGUGUCCAACCACGUGUCGGCCGUCAACCAGGCGAACCAUCAGAAGAACUUGCAAAACCAGCGGCUGAGCCCGAACCAGGAGUGGCGGCAGCCGGACGACAAUGUCCGACUCCAGGAGGACGGCAUCUACGAGACCGGACCGGUGGUCAACGACGGCAAACAUUCCCUCUUGCAGUACGCCAUGCUGAAUUUCCGUCAAAGCACAGAAAAAUUCGAAAUGUUGAAAACCGCGGACGGGUCAAUCAGCGGAUCCCUUAAGGUGAUAGAAUCGUUGAAGAGCAAGAAGAAGAAGAAGGGCAAAGGUCAGCAGGACGGCACCGAGUGGACCUGGAAGGAACAAGUGGACCUGGUCAAGUAUUCCACCGUCCCUAUCGAGCAGAGUCUGCUCAGGCUGGACGGCGAUCUCAGCCUUUUAGCCGUGGAGUGCUUCCUGUGCCUGAUGAGGUACAUGGGGGACCAGCCAUUGCCGCCUGAGACCAGCGAGGUCAAAUGCGUCUACACCAUCCUCAUGCACUGUCACAAAUACGAGCAGCUGCGCGACGAGGUUUACUGCCAGCUGAUGAAGCAGACUACCAAUAACAAGAGCCCGAAUCCGGAGAGCUGCCAGCGCGGCUGGCGAAUCUUCAGCAUCAUUGCCGCCUAUUUCACUUGCAGCGAAGGCCUCAGACCCUAUCUGACCAAGUACCUCGAGACGGCGGCGUACGACAAGCGUCGCGCUUACCACGGCACCGCGAUGGUGUGCCUGCAGAACCUGCGGAAGACCGUGAAAUACGGCGGGCGCAAAAACGUGCCCAGCGUGGAGGAGAUCAUGGCGAUCAGCGCGGGCAGGAACGCGAAGAGGCAGAUCUACCGACUACCAGGCGGCACUGAGCGGGUCAUUAACACGAAAUGCACGACGGUCGUGCAGGACGUUAUUGAGGAGAUGUGCAAUGUCAUCUCCGUGAGAAACCCGCACGAGAUGGACGAGUUCUCGCUGUACUGCAUCGUCGACGGCGACGCGUUCACCAUGCCGUUGGCCAGGGACGAAUACGUUCUGGACGUAACCACGGAGCUCCAAAAAAACCAUCAGAUGUUCUAUCUAAUAUUCUGCAGAUCCGUUUGGUACUAUCCUCUGCGACUGGAUGCAGCGUUGUACAUAGAAGUCGUAUUUAACCAAAUCGCUCCCGAUUACUUGGAGGGACUCUUACUAGUCCUACCUGGAGAACAUUUACCUCAAGAAAUAAUUUAUGACAUGGCGCAAAUAGCGGCGCUGCUACACAGAGCGGCUGACAUGGCACACGAACCCGCGACGAAGGAGAUUAAAUAUCUGUUGCCAAAACCAGCGCUCAGCCUGAGGGAGCCCAGGCCGCAACAGUGGUCGAACAUGGUCCAGCAAGCCUGGAACAACGUUCAGCACUCUUCGGCGGCUGUCUGCAAGGCACAGGUGCUCGAAAUACUGUCCAAGUGGCCGCUUUUUGGCUCGAGUUUCUUCGCGGUAAAGAGGGUGCCCGAGGGCAAGGAAAAAGGCGCCGAUCAUAUUCUCGCUCUUAAUCGACAUGGAGUGCACUUCAUAGAUCUGAUCACGCAUGAGACACUGUACCAUUACCCCUACUCCGAAGUGAUCUCCACCAGGAAGGUCAAGUCCGAGGAGGGCACGCUCUACCUCGACAUGAAGUGCGGCAAUCUGAUGCAGCAGCGUAUCACUAGGCUGCAGACGGAGCAGGCCCAUGAAAUCUCCCGCCUCAUCAGGCAGUACAUCACUAUGGAACAGAGGACGUCCAACGUUCAAGGUGGAGCCGGCAUCGGGCUCGGCAUGAGAUAAGUUUCUUUGCGACGCGACGUUCCUCCUUCGCGACCGAUAUCCGAUCCGGAUCAGUCAAUCUGCAGGGCGGUAACCAAGCCCUCGAUUAAUGUAGCAUAGCGCGAGCCCAUGAGAUUAAUGUAGCCAAUGUAAAUCGCGGUAUUGUCCUUAACAUGACCUGCGUAAAAUACUGACCUUUGAGGUUCGAGCUACAUCGGAUACCAAGUAGGAUAAAUCCGUUCCAACGUAUCGGCCCGCGUCCUGACGAACAACGGUGCGACUGAUCCGUCAUCAAGGAUAUUCGUAGGACUUGCUAGAAGGGGGAAUCGUGAAGAAAGAAAAAAACGAAUGCUCAAGUAUCUAAAUCGUCCAUAUCGGAUGACUUGAAACGAUGGACUUGUAUAGCAUUUAUUUAUACGUUUUAAGGAGUUCAUAAAGAGAACAGACAAGGAAUAAUUGGUACUUUCAACAGUUUGGACGUUGACUGUGAGGAAUAAAUGCGAAUAUAGAAAUUACAUCUAUCAUGGCAGUGUAAUAUUAACAUUGAUAUUAACACGCGUCCCCGAUGAGUGUUGAACAGGUGAACUAACCAUGCAGCGAUUAUAUAUGUAAUCAUCAGAUUAUUAAUAAUAAUUGUACGUAUAUGCAUAUAGAGGAGUACGAGAUGUGAACGAAGAUAUUAACUUUAUAUUGAAAUUUUUACGUGUAAAAAAA